AUGUCGACAGCAACAACGACAACAACGACAACAACGUCGGCCCAGCAGCAAGAGACUCUCACUCUCACCAGCACACCCGACAUCAGCCCUUACACCAAACAUGGCUACCUCUUCGGCCAAAAGCUCACGGCCUCCAUGUCCCCUCUCCUGCACUCCAUCGUCUACUCCCACCUCUCUCUCAACUGGGCCCAACUCCGUCUCGACUCCCCCUCCAUACCGCUCUUCCUCCAGCUCGCCCAGCACCCCGACUUCUACGGUGCCUCGGUGACCAUGCCUCACAAGGUCGCCAUCAUCCCCCACCUCGACCACCUCAUGCCCGAAUGCCGCGACGUCGGCGCCUGCAACACCCUGUUCCUCAAGACCGACGAGGCCACGGGCCGCCGCCUCUUCUGCGGCACCAACACCGAUGUCAUCGGUGUGCGCGAGAGCUUCGUGCAGAACGUGACCGACCCCGCCAGGGUAUAUGAGGGCCGGCCGGCGCUGGUGAUUGGCGGCGGCGGUGCCGCGCGCUCGGCCGUGUACGCGCUGCACAAGUGGCUGGGCGCGACGGACAUCUACCUGGUGAACCGGGACCAGAGCGAGGUAGACGCAGUGAUUGCCGAGUGCACGGAGCGGGGGUACGGCGAUCGGCUGGUGCAUGUGGCGAGCGUGGAGCAGGCUGAAGCGCUCGAGGGCCCGGGGGCGAUAGUCGCUUGCAUUCCGGAUUUCCCGCCCAAGACGGAAAAGGAGGUGUUGGCGAGACGCAUCAUCGAGACGUUCCUGGGGAAGGAAGAGAAGGGCGCCAUGUUGGAGAUGUGCUAUAACCCGAGCCCAUUCACCGAGCUGGGGGCGUUGGCGGAGAAGGAGGGGUGGCAGGUUAUUCUGGGCACCGAGGCGUUGAUUUGGCAGGGGAUUGAACAGGACAAGUAUUGGACCGGUCGCACAAACGAGGAGCUUCCCAUUCAACAGAUCAAGGAAGUCAUUGCUGCAAAGUUGGCCGAAGCUUCCAAAUCGCAAGCCAGUUGA